AUGCAUCGUCGUGUCGUGCUCGCGGAGCUGAUUGGCGCACCUGCCCAUGUAUUGGGCUCAAGCAUACGAGAACAGACUCUGUAUCGGGUCAGGCAUGCUCGUGAGAGACGACAACGCACAGAGACGUCUUACCGCCCGGCUCUGCGGGCUAGCGCGACGUCAGCACUUACGGUGCACGGUGGAACCCUGAAUACGUGCAACGGCCACAUCGCAACCGCUGCCACAGCCACACCCACAGCCACAAGCCCUUCUGCUGCUGCAGUGCCUCCGCCGACUGACUUCCUUCUCCACGCAGCCAACGCAGGCCCCACACCACCUUCUGUAGCAACAGCAAACCGAGCAGUGGUCUGUUCAUUGCCGCGCCCAUAUGACUCAGCGCCCAUACGGCGCCGCGACCUCGCCCAGGUUGAGGGCGCCAGGGCGCUGGGACCUUCGGACGCAGUCACCGCUGCCACCAGCUUGCUGGCCUUGAGCAUAGGCGGCCACCCCACUGGGGAAUUCGCACGGAAGCUGUGCCAAAGCACGGAGUGCGCAGUGCUGGAGGGGGUUCAGGCAGCAUCGGACAUACCGGCCUAUCGCAUGGCCUCGCGCCUGAGGUGGCGUCGGCGCCAAGCCCUGGCCGGCGGAGCGGUGCUGGCACCGGUCCAGGCGUGCAGGGCAGGUGGAGACGGAAAGGUGACGACAGCGGGCUGCUUAGAGGCGCGCUUGCCCCUGCUGCCCAGAGACGAAGGAGAAGAAGAAGAGCUCAUGGCCAGAAAGUCACAGCAGAAGCACAAGCAGCGGGAGGAGGAGGUGGAGGGGGAGAUAGAAGAGAGCUGCGCCGAUAGCCCCCCCGUAGUUUCGCUGCUGUCGGCGGCGGGGCGCCCGCCACUGCCGUACCCUGAGCUCACAGCGCUGUCGAUCGCGAAGGCGGAGCUGCGUUCCCCAGAGCCGCUUCAUCCACUCCCGCCCUCGAGCCACUGUACGGCCUCCACACGACGACUACGUUCCCCGGGGGCUUGUUGGGGGCGGUUGGCGAGUUGGAGGCCAGCUGGGGCUACUGCCGUGCCGGCAGCGGCGGCGGGGGGGGGACGCCCAGGCGCGCGCUGUCUCCCGGGCCAUCUGGGCAACAACAACAACAACAGGGGCAUCCGAGCGCUAGUGCUGCUUGUGGUGCUGGUGCUGGUGCUGGUGGUGCUGGUGGUGGCGGUGGUGGCAGUGACCCAGAUGGCGCAAUGA